UGGAGAAGCUAUCCUGCAUGUUAAAGGACCCUUCCCCUCACAUCCCUUUCUCCCGGGCUGCUGCUUUUGACUCUGUGCAGUCGAUCCUCGGGAGAAUCAGUCAGUCCUUCUCCACCGAUGACCUGCAGAGCCCUUUUUAUAUGAGCUCUGUCUGUGCCUUUGUGGCGGACGAGGUGCAGAGCUGCUUCCAGCCCCCUGCAGCCACCCUACCAGUUCCCCCUGUCCUCGCGGUGGCCGUUUCCACCACACUACCAGCUGACAUCCAAGCAGACCCGGCUUCUUCCCACCUGGAGGUUGUGGACAUCACCCCUAACAGAGAGGCAGAUCAGGAUUCUUCCCACCUGGAGGUUGUGGACAUCACCCGUAAGACAGAGGCAGAUCCGGCUUCUUCCCAACUGAAGGUUGUUGACAUCACCCCUAACACAGAGGCAGAUCCGGCUUCUUUCCACCUGAAUGUUGAAGACAUCACCAGUAACACGGAGGCAGAUCCGCCUUCUUCCCACCUGAAUGUUGUGGACAUCACCUCUAACACAGAGGCAGACCCGGCUUCUUCCCAACUGAAGGUUGUUGACAUCACCCCUAAUACAGAGGCAGAGCCCAUCUCUUCCCUCUUGGAGGUUGUGGACGUCACACCUGAAGAAAGGACUCUCACAAUGGCCGUCUCCGCCACUCUGCCAGCUGACAUCCAAGCAGGGGAUGUUGCUGUGGUCAUCUCGGAUGUCACCCCACACGUCACCAAGGACGUGACACUGGAUGUUCCAUGCAGAGCUAGGAAAGGGGCAGUCCGGCGAUUAUUUUGCAGGCUUUGGAGGGCAGUGUGCUGCUGCGCCUGCCACAAGGAAGAGGAGGAACAAUAUUAAUUAUUCAUCAGACCUUCAGAAAUGGGAUUGAACCAUAGACCAUUAAAUUAUAAUUGGACUCAAUUCUGCUUUUCUUCUGUUUACUACUUAAUUUCAGAACUUUUCUAUAAACUUUCACUUUGCAAGUGUGGAGUAGGUUGUGUAAAUAAGUGGGAAACAUCCCAAUUUUAAUGCUUUUAAUAAUUUACUUGUACAUUUAAAAACAUAUGUAUUAUUUGACAACAAAAAAACAGAGGGCGCUCAACCAAUGUUGAGUUGAGGUGCAACCAAAAAUUUGAAUCAUCAUAGAAAAGGAAAUAGCGCAACUCUUGCUCACUAUAAAAAAAAAUGCAUUGUUUUAUUCAGGCAAGGUUAAAAGUUUAACGUUUCGGCCUAGUCUAUGAUGAUAUGCAAGUUGUGUUUGCCCAGGAAAAGGGUGACCCAGACUCACCCUGGUUCUUGAGGGUUGAAGACAGUGAAAAAUGAUCAUUAAAUAAAUGGGACUUGUCAAUUCUUGAAUAAAAAUCUUCAAUGAACAUGAAUUUAAAUACAAUUGACUUGAGGA